AUGGCUGGGGCGGCGGUGUUGAGGUCUCUCCGGAUCCUGCGCCCCCGGACACUAGCGACCUCAGGCAGGUUUCUGGACCCGGGGGAGUGCGUCCUCUUCCCGGCUUCAUGUGUGCUUUACCCGCCGUGGAGGAUCUCUCCUGCCCGGUCGCUGCAGGUGUGCUCCGCCCUCUGUGCAGGACACAACAAGUGGUCAAAGGUGAAACACAUCAAGGGACCUAAAGAUAUGGCGAGGUGCAAGAUGUUCAUGAAGUUAGCUUUUCUGAUAAAGGUAGCUGUGAAAGAAGGGGGAGCCAACCCAGGGAUGAAUGUAAAUUUAGCCAACGUGCUGGAGCAGUGCAAAAGCAAGAACAUGCCCAAAACAUCCAUAGAGUCCGCCAUCAAGACUGCGACCAAACCAGGGUCGCAGCUCACUUAUGAAGCUCGGGGGCCGGGGGGGUGCAUGCUGCUCAUCGAGACGCUGACUGACAACCGCACAGGCACCAACCAUGAAAUCAAACGGCUGCUCUCAAAGAACGGAGGGAUGAUUUCAGACGGAGUGCGCCACAACUUCAUCAGGAAGGGGGUGGUGGUGGUCCCGGGUCAGAACGUCUCCACAGACAGAGCUCUGGAGCUGGCCAUCGAGGCGGGAGCCGAAGAUGUCCAAGAGAGCGAGGAUGAGGAGGAGCAGCCCAUCCUGAAGUCCCAUAAAGAAAAUAGCUCGCCUCCGACCCCCAGGAUAGAGCUGCUCAGCCCCUCCAAGGUGAAGGACUGCUCACAGAACGUCAAGGAGAAGGUCACACAGGUUCUUUCUUUGGAGUCCGAUGUGCUGCCUGAAUACAAACUCCAGGUGCCAGAGACAACAUGGUUGAUCUUGCUACACUACAGCCCGUUCAAGGCGUUUUGGGACUGGAUUAUUCUCCUCCUGGUUCUCUACACAGCUGUUUUCACUCCCUACUCGGCCACCUUUCUCCUGGAUGAACAUGGGGAUAUACGUCAAAGGAGUCAUACUUGUGGCUACACAUGCAACCCUCUGAACGUGGCAGACCUUUUGGUGGACGUGCUAUUUAUUGUGGAUAUUGUCAUCAACCUUCGCACAACUUACGUGAACCGCAACGACGAAGUGAUCACACAGCCGAGCCGGAUAGCCAAGCACUAUAUCAAAGGCUGGUUCCCCAUUGAUCUGUUCGCAGCGAUCCCUUUCGACCUUCUCAUUUUCAGAUCUGGCUCUGACGAGAUGGCAACCCUAACAAGCCUGCUGAAAACAGCUCGACUGCUGCGAUUGGUCCGCGUGGCAAGAAAGCUGGACAGAUAUUCUGAAUAUGGGGCUGCUGUCCUGUUCCUGCUCAUGUGCACCUUUGUGCUUAUUGCCCAUUGGCUCGCCUGUAUUUGGUACGCUAUUGGCUUUGUGGAGAGGCCGUACACUGAGACCGGAUGGCUGGACAACCUGGCUGAACAACUGGGCAAGUCAUACAACGAUACUGACACCGGCUCGGGUCCUUCCGUCAAAGACAAGUACGUCACGGCUCUUUACUUCACGUUGAGCAGUUUGACCAGCGUGGGGUUUGGUAACGUCUCUCCAAACACCAACUCAGAGAAGAUCUUCUCCAUAUGCGUCAUGGUUAUUGGCUCUCUUAUGUAUGCCAGCAUAUUUGGGAAUGUGUCAGCCAUCAUCCAGCGUCUGUACUCUGGUACAACCCGCUACCACACCCAGAUGCUGCGAGUCAAAGAGUUCAUCCGAUUCCACCAAAUCCCAGGAUGCCUUCGCCAAAGGCUGGAGGAGCACUUCCAACACGCCUGGUCCUACACAAAUGGCAUUGACAUGAAUGGUGUGAUGAAGGGAUUACCAGGCUCGCUGCAGGCAGACAUCUAUUUGCACUUGAACAGAUCUCUGCUAGAGAACUGUAAGGCUUUCCAUGGAGGCAGUCAGGCCUGUCUGCGCACCUUGAGUAUGAGGUUCAAGACAGUCCACGCUCCUCCAGGAGAUAUUCUGAUCCACUAUGGAGACAUGCUGGACUCUCUCUUCUUCAUCGCACGCGGUUCAAUCCAAGUCAUGAGGGAUGAUGUGGUGGUCGGAAUAUUAGAAAAGAAUGACGUGUUUGGAGAGCCUAUCAACCUGUACGAUGAGCCAGGGAAGUCCAAAGCAGACGUACACACCAUCACAUACUGUGACCUGCACCGUGUCCGGAGGGAAGACCUGCUGGAGGUCCUCGAUAUCUACCCCGGCUUCGCAGACAAUUUCUGGAAGAACCUGGAGAUAACCUUUGACCUGAGAGAUGCCGAUCAAGUUCCACCAAUAAUAACAACUGAUGAUUCUGGUGACGAUUACGGGUGUCGACACAAGCUAAGACAUAGAAACCACUCCCUGGACUGCAGAAUAAGGCCAGAUGGAAUCGAUCAUGAGGACUCAUACCCCCAUCAGUCCUUGCACAAUCGCCACUCCCCUCCUCGGGCCCAGUGGGAUGACAACUGUAGCUGCGAAUCCCCGUGUUCCCAGUCUAGUGAAGACUUGGCUACGCCGCUCGCCCACAGUGCCAAAGUUGAGUUAUACCCUCCACAAGAUGCCAGAGUGGACUUCCCCCCCUCUGCAGUGCAGCUGAUCCCCCCAAGUAGCACCUCACUGGAGAGGGAGCCAGUGUUGGACCAAGCUACAUCUUUGAAUGUGCCAGGAAUGUAUCAGGGCUGGCCAGAACGACCGCCACAACAGUUUUCCAGUCGCACUUGGCGAUCUUCAUCUGUCCGAAACUCAUACCACCCACCACCGUUCACAGAAGAUCAGCCCAUUGAGCUGGAGUCUCGACUUGAGGUUUUCCAUUCACAGCUCAACAGACUGGAGACUCGCAUGACAGCCGACAUCAAUGUUAUUCUCCAGCUGCUCCAGAGGCAGAUGGCUCCUGUUCCUCCCGCCUACAGCAGCGUAUCGUCUGGUGCACUCCCCACUGAUGAAUCAGUACUGCACAGCAUGUACCCCUCCCCCGCCCUACAGAUCGACAGCCGGGCCCCCGCACAGAGCAUUACCCAGACUGACCUUCAAUUCACCAAGAGGUCCCAGGAGUCCCUGUCCAGCGGCAUCCAUGUGACUGUGGCUUCAGACGACACCAUGUUCAUGACCGUCACCCCUGAAAGUGAGACCAACCCAGGCUUGUCUCCGCAGCAGCCGUCGGUCAAAUCCACCCUGCUGGAGAGCCCCGGGCUGUGCGGCAGCCUCCGAUACCCCUCGCUGCCGGGGAACCUGGACAUGACCUCGGGACUGGCUGGCAUCCAGAAACACCUCUCAGACCCUGUGCUGCCCGUCACCUGAGGAGCUCCAGAGAUGAGAU